AUGGAAACCACUGAGGACUUGUUGCAAACGCUUUUGAACCAUAUGAAGGCACGCAAUUCCCUUGACCACCUCAUCCAUGCUAACGAGUGCGCUUCGAGCUGUUCCACCAGCACGGGAUCGGAGCCGCUUCAAGCGGAUCAGGGGCCUUUCUUCGCCGGGCGGCCGGAAUGCCAGCCCGCGCUGGAAGACCCGCCGGUUGUGGUUGACGACUUGGCCUCUUUCAACCCGCCGUUUCCUCUUGCGACGCCCGGCUGGGUCGCCGACGACCUGCCGUUUCCUCUUGUGCGAGAUGCGGUGGAGGCCUGCUAUCAGGAGCGCUUGGUUCCUGAUGCCUCAAAGGUGGCCUUCUUCCUGCGAAAGGGAGAGGCACGGGCUCUCAGUAAUCCUCCAGACGAUGGGGAGGUCGACGAAGACGAGGCAGAGGCGGACGAGGCGGACUGGCCGCCGUGGGUGGAGGCGGAGGAAGAUGUUUUGCUGAGUGUUUGCAGUAGGGACAACUACUUUCAGGUGAGGGGCCGGGUCAUCUAUCUGGCGGAGGAGCCUGAGUGGUUCCGGGGCUGGUGGGCUCCCAAGGCGUCGGCAAUGCCGCCCUGUCCCAAAGAAGACGCGCGCCUGGCCUUCAAAGACGACGUGCGGCUGCUCGCCAUCGCCCAGCAGCUGCAGCGGGAACCAGAGCUGCACGAGGUGGAUGGCUGGGAAGAGGUGCCGGACGAUUCGCAGCCUCUGGCCGAGAUCUGCCAUAUUCUUUCUCUCCACCGCCAGCUGCAGCGCCUCUCUGCGCAGCAGUGCGGCCUGCGCCGCACCCGCUGGCGCUUCCUCCCGCCGGAGCCGCCGGCGGACACGGCGCCGAGUCGCCGGAAGCGCCGGAGCCGCCCGGCGGGCGAAGCGCCGAAGCAAACGGCGAAGGUGAGGGCGCCGAGAUUGGAAUUCCAGUGA